CUGGGGACUUUCCUCCUUGAGAGGGGAAGAGGAGGGAGUCAAAACAAAAGGUGGGUCCCGGGCUCCCCACUCUGGCAGAGGAGACUUUCUGCUCCCUAAUUUCUGGGGAGGCAGGAGACCCCGGUGGACCAUUUGCAGGAGCGUAGAAAACGGACAAACACGGAAGUGCUUGCAUCAGGCCGGGCGGGUCUAUGGUCUCCUGCAUUCCACCCUGUGCCCCCAAAGCAGUUUCUGAAUGGAAUGAAGCCAAAGAGAGCAGCAGAGAGGGCAAGGAGGAAGUCUCCCCUCCUCCGGGCUCCCACCCCCUGAAGGACCACAGUCUGACCCAGGCAGAGACCCUGGAGCCAGAGGGAAUGGCCCCCAGGACCCUGAGGCCCCCUUCCCAGGGGUCAAUAACAUUCAAGGAUGUGGCUGUGGACUUCACCCAGGAGGAGUGGUGCCUGUUGGACCCUUCUCAGAAAGAGCUGUACAGGGAAGUUGUACUAGAGAAUGUGCAGAAUCUACUCUUUGUGGAGGCAGAGACUAAUGUUGAAGUGAAGGAGAUGUCUACAAAGCUUAGCCUUUUUGUGGAAGGAUCUGGCCCUCCAAGAGGUAUGAGUAAGGAUCCCUGUGACUUCAUUUUGAGCAAAAUCAGUGAUUCUAAAAUGAAGGUAAAUAAAAAUCCAAAGAGUGACUGUGAAUUUGAUGAAAUCGCAGAGAAAUUCAGCCAGCAUUCAGUCCUAAAUUGGAAUAUGAAAUUGACCUCAGGAAAUGACUGUUGUGGGGAUAGCAAAUAUACCAAAUGCUUUCCUGAAAAAGUAGGAUUUGAUCAGUCACAUGAGAAACCUCCUGAAAUGCCCAUGUAUCAAGGUAACCUAGGGAGAAUCACCUCUGGCUCAAGUUUAGACCUCACAAGACAUUCAAAGAGUAAGCAUGUAGAGAUGUUUUCUGUGAGUAAUAAAGGGAUGAGACCUUUCAGUCAGAAUUCUGAGCUUGGUUCAUAUCAAGUAAUCCACUCUGGAGAGAGGCCUCAUGAAUGUAAAGAAUGUGGAAAGGUCACACACAGGGACAGUGUUACUACACAUCAGAGAAUCCACAAUGGAGAGAAACCUUAUGAAUGUACAAAAUGUGGAAAGGCUUUCACUAAAAGGAAUUGUCUUGCUAAGCAUCAGAGAAUCCACACUGGAGUGAAACCUUAUGAAUGUAAACAAUGUGGAAAGGUUUUCACAGAGAGGGACACUCUUGCUGAGCAUCAGAGAAUCCACACAGGAGAGAAACCUUAUCAAUGUAAACACUGUGGAAAGGCUUUCACCCUGAGGAGCAGUCUUGUAAGACAUCAGAGAAUCCACACUGGAGAGAAACCUUAUGAAUGUAAAAAAUGUGGAAACGCUUUCACAUGGAGGAGCUCUCUUGCUGAACAUCAGAGAAUCCACACUGGAGAGAGACCUCAUGAAUGUACCCAAUGUGGAAAGGCCUUCACAAAAAGGAGCAAUCUUGUUAGACACCAGAGAAUUCACACUGGAGAGAAACCUUACGAAUGUAAACAAUGUGGAAAGGCUUUCACAUGGAGGGAAUAUCUUGUUAUACAUCAGAGAAUUCACACUGGAGAGAAACCUUACGAAUGUAAACAAUGUGGAAAGGCUUUCACAUGGAGGGGAAAUCUUGUUAUACAUCAGAGAAUCCACACUGAAGAGAAAUCUUAUGAAUGUAAAAACUGUAGAAAGGUUUUCACAAGGAGGGGUGAUCUUGUUAGAUAUCAGAGAAUCCACACUGGAGAGAAACCUCAUGAAUGUAAAUAGUGUGGAAAGGCUUUCACAGAGAGGGGAAAUCUUCUUAUACAUCAGAGAGUUCACACUAGAGAGAAACCUUAUGAAUGUAAACAAUGUGGAAAAGCAUUUAAAUGGAGGAGAAAUCUUGUUAUACAUCAGAGAAUUCACACUGGAGAGAAACAUUAUGAAUUUAAACACUGUGGAAAGCCUUUCACACAAAGGGACUCUCUUGCUGAACAUCAGAGAACCCACACUGGAGAGAAACCUUAUGAAUGUAAACAAUGUGGAAAGGCUUUCACAGAGAGGGACACUCUUGCUGAGCAUCAGAGAAUCCACACUGGAGAGAAACCUUAUGAAUGUAAACACUGUGGAAAGCCUUUCACACAAAGGGCCUCUCUUGCUGAACAUCAGAGACUGGAACAUCAGAGACUGGAGAGAAACCUUAUGGAUGUAAAAACUGUAGAAAGGUUUUCACAAGGAGGGGUGAUCUUGUUAGACAUCAGAGAAUCCACACUGGAGAGAAACCUCAUGAAUGUAAACAAUGUGGAAAGGCUUUCACAGAGAGGGGAAAUCUUUUUAUACAUCAGAGAGUUCACACUGGAGAGAAACCUUAUGAAUGUAAACAAUGUGGAAAAGCAUUCAAAUGGAGGAGAAAUCUUGUUAUACAUCAGAGAAUUCACACUGGAGAGAAAUCUUAUGAAUUUAAACACUGUGGAAAGCCUUUCACACAAAGGGACUCUCUUGCUGAACAUCAGAGAAUCCACACUGGAGAGAAACCUUAUGGAUGUAAAAACUGUAGAAAGGUUUUCACAAGGAGGGGUGAUCUUGUUAGACAUCAGAGAAUCCACACUGGAGAGAAACCUCAUGAAUGUAAACAAUGUGGAAAGGCUUUCACAGAGAGGGGAAAUCUUUUUAUACAUCAGAGAGUUCACACUGGAAAGAAACCUUAUGAAUGUAAACAAUGUGGAAAAGCAUUCAAAUGGAGGAGAAAUCUUGUUAUACAUCAGAGAAUUCACACUGGAGAGAAAUCUUAUGAAUUUAAACACUGUGGAAAGCCUUUCACACAAAGGGACUCUCUUGCUGAACAUCAGAGAACCCACACUGGAGAGAAACCUUAUGCAUGUAAACAAUGUGGAAAGGCUUUCACAGAGAGGGACACUCUUGCUGAGCAUCAGAGAAUCCACACUGGAUAGAAUCCUUAUGAAUGUAAAUACUGUGGAAAUAUUUUCACACAGAGUGGUUCUCUUGCUGCACAUCAGAAUAUCCACACUGGAGAGAAACAUUAUGAAUGUAAACAAUGUGGAAAGGCUUUCACUAAAAGGGACUGUCUUGCUAAGCAUCAGAGAAUCCACACCAGAGAGAGACCUUAGGUAUGUAAACAAUGUGGAAAGGCUUUCACAAGGAGGGGCAAUGUUGUUAGACAUCAGUGAAUCCACUCUGGAAAAAAAAUUAUAUAUGUAAACAGUGUGGGAGGAUAUUCACAAGAAGGGGCUCUUUUGCUAAGUAUCAGAGAAUCCACCCUGGGGAGAAAUCUCAUGAGUGAGCCUGAGGUUAUAGUUGCCACACUUAGCUUAUUAAACAUAAGAGGAUCCACACUAAAGAGAAAUUUUAGGAGUAUGAUCCAUGUGGUAAGGCCUUCAGGCAAUAAUCUCUUAUUCCUAAGCCAGAAUUCCUUUUGGUUAGAAAUCUUAUUCCUUUGACAAAAGUUGGAUGAGAUGUGGGAAGAUUGAAAAAGAAACGAAUUUGGGGGGUUAUUUUGAACUAAUUCAACCAUUCUGGAGAGGUCCAUUUGGAACUAUGUCCAAAGUACUUUAAAAAAACAUCUAUAUAUGUUAAAAAUACAAAACACUUAAAGGUACUCUUGUUAGGGUGACAAAAGUAUUCUAAAUUAAGAGGAAACUUCAAUUUGGAAAUGGCUGAGCAAAUGGUGGCAUAUGAUUGUAAUGCAAUCCUAUUAUUUUAUCAUUAAUGAGAAGAAGGAGGAGCUCAGAAAAACCUGGAAAGACUUGAAAAAUGUUGCAAACUUUUUAAUUUAAUUUAAUAAAAAUUCUUCAUUUUA